AGAUUCUCCAGCCAAGCCGGGCGCUUACUGAGUAGGCGAUUUCGCUUCACCGUCCGUCCGUUCAUAAAAGACUUUCCUAAUUCACUGCGGCAGACAGGACAAGAUAAAAAUGUUAAGUACAUCCUCACUGGGAGGAGACUGAAGCCUCCACACUCAAUCAAAGGUUUGCAAUAAUAGGAUUCAUUUUUUAAAAGAAAGGAAAAACAAAGAAAAAAGGGGACGGAGGACAGAUGGGAUUAGAAAAUGUUGCAGUAAAAACUGUUGGAUGAGAUGAGCUCACAGCCCCAGGCUGUCUUUUGUGGACCCGCACAAUGAUCCCCGAGCCAGACUGGAUUAGCCAGCCUUGCGACUAAGGUGGGAGUCUGGAGAGCGGCUGCGGCCGGGGCGGCUGGUUCCCAGGCACUUGCGGGAGCAAAGACCAGAACGAUGCAUCAGAUUUACAGCUGCAGCGACGAAAACAUAGAAGUUUUCACCACCGUGAUCCCUUCCAAGGUGACCAGUCCAGCCAGAAGAAGAGUGAAAAGCUCUCAACACCUCUUGAGCAAGAAUGUGGUGAUUGAGUCGGACUAUACGCCUAGGCCUUUGGAGCUGCUGCCGCACCGCGGAGACCACCGGGACGCAGGGGAGGCACGCAGGUUCGGCCGCCUCCAGAAUACACGGCCACCCGGGGCGCAUCCCGCCAAAACCUCCGCCCGGCCCGCGGGGAUCUCAGAGUCCAAAGCAUCGCAUGUGUGUGCAAGUCGAGCAUAUGGAAAAUCCUUGAUUCCUCCAGUGCCCCGGAUCUCAGUGAAAGCUCCUGCAGUGCCAGCCGUGGAGGCAGCAGGCACAGGCUCCGAAAACAGGGCUGUGCUGACCAGAGGCUCUAGACAUCUCAAGAAGAUGGCGGAAGAGUAUCCAACCCUGCCCCAGGGGGCGGAGGCCUCCCUGCCUCUGACAGGCAGCGCCUCGUGUGGUGUCCCCGGCAUCCUCCGGAAAAUGUGGACCAGGCACAAGAAGAAGUCUGAGUACGUGGGAGCCACCAACAGCGCCUUUGAGGCUGAUUAAAGGUGAGCUUGUCCAGGGAUGCCAAGCUCACCCAGGUUCACUGGACGAAGGCAGGGAACUCCAGGAAUUGCACGGAGCCACACUCACCUCUGCUCGUAACCGCUCCACCUGCACCCUCUGCCCUCACUACCCCUGCACCCUGGUUGAGGAAACCGGAAAGAUGCGUCUCUGGAAGGCAAACUAAAACUUUCUUCUGAAAGUGACUUUGGGAGGAUGUGAAGUGUCUAUCCCUUUGUUGCAGCAAAGCCCUACCCGAACUGAACUUUCUCCACCCAUCAGAAAAACCUUUAAGGAAGGGAGAAGUGCUUCCUGUCUUCCGUGUGAGUUGGUCUGAAGUGUGUAAUUUCUGGUGUAAAUCUGAGAGCUCCACAUUUGAGGCAUUUUUCACUUCAUCAUUAACACACUUCACCUUGACAAGGUAUGAUUUUCAAGGGCAGAGCACUGUAUGCUCACUUAGUAGUUGUAAGAUCUGCUUCAAAGUAUCAAGAUCAGCUUUGGUCACCAUUUGGCAUGAUUGCAUGACUUCUCUAUUAUUUCUUGUGCAGUUUUGCUACAGAGAAACAUUGAAAAUCAAAUGGUGAAUGCUAAUGUUUUCUAAAGUGCCAUUGUCUAGUGGAAUUAAUACCUUGCUUUGGUACAAUUAUUUUAGCAUUUCAAAGUGCUUUCCUGUCCAUGAGCUCUUCUCUUCACAAAACCCCAACACGCAGGCUUUGGAUGUCAUAGAACUAGGUAGAGAACAAGUACUAGAACUACACACCAGUUCCUCAACUUCUCUCCACAAGACUUUCUGCUUCGCUUGCUUUAUAAACUGACUGGA